AACGCCGUUCAGUAUCGCGUGGUGUGUCCCUCGUGCCUUAUCGUCCGUUUUGCGAAGUCGUACAACUCGAUUUUGCGGGUAGAAAAAAUAAAACGUAUUUUUUUUUUCUUUUGCAAAAGUUUUUGGAUCACAGGUCCUGCGACGUCUACGCUCCAGCGGCUAUGCAGCGAAACGAAUAACGAUCCGCAUCAUCCGUAAGACACCUGACCAUCACAGUAUCAUGUUGAUCGUUUAUAUCUUGUUGGUGUUAUACGCCGGACGUCUCAUCGAUUCCGAAAAAGCCAAGUGUUGUGGCCGCGUGACCGGAAACUGUAAGAGAGCCUGCGAACAAUUGGCUGUUCUACAAGAAUAUCCAAAAGACAAAAUAGCUGGACGGAUAACCGAUUUUUAUAAUCACUGUUCCGCCAAAAAUGUCCGGCACGUUGAAUGGUGUAUGUCGUCUUCGGCUCAAGAUACUGAGAUAAAGUGGUUGGAUGCGGCUAGGAAGUGCUGCGAUGUGGCCAGGUCGGAUGGCUGCCAAUUGUCCUGUUUGGACCGGAACGCCGGGUCCCGGUCGGUGCACAGGGACUGCCAAGAUGAAACAGAUUUCUUCAAUUGUCUGCAACAUCAACAGGUCAAAGAUACGUGUUGUGGCGACAAAACGGACGCGGCGCAGUGUCAGAUCGCGUGCGAGAAAUUCCUAGCCAACACGCCAUCCAUCAACCGACACGCGGCCAACCAGGAAAUCCUCGACCUGUGCUCGGCCGACCGACGGGACACUCGUUCUGCUACCACGGCUACUACAUCGGUCGAGCUGCACCGCCGUUGUACGCGAAAUACGACCGCCAAACGACCGUCGUCCGACGGACACAAAUACCUGCACUGUUGCAAGUUGGCCGCGAACACGCAAUGUGAACAGGCCUGUCAGGUUAGCUUGCGCAGAAAGUUCGACUCGGACGUCGAGGCAGUUGACAGUUUGGAGGGCAGAGGAUGCGGACCGCCGUCGUUGGACGACCGGUUUUGGCAAUGUUUCUUGCAAAGCGAACGGGCCGAGCAGAAAGAUACGUCGGCGCCAGCACCAAUGUCACAAAUAGAAAAACUCGGCAUGGACAGCGUGAAACUACAUUGUUGUGAUAAGGCUACGAUAGCAGGAUGUCGCAAACUUUGCUUGAAGACGUUCACAAACGAAUGGUCGUCAUCGUGGAACGACUUCAAUUUCGAAUGUUUGUCGCAUCCCAGUGAAGAACGAUUACUCAAGUGUUUGGAUGACGUCGAGGAACCGUGCGAUCUGGGUUGCGACGGGCUCAACUACUGUACGGCAUUCAACAACCGACCCACUGAGCUUUUCCGGAGUUGUUCGCCGCAGACGGACGAAGCGGCUCACUUCGACGUGACUCUGUGGCGACAGCGGGGCACCAUCACGCUGUUCAACUACGAGCUACCGCUGAAGAACAUCACUAAGUGCAUGCCCGACAGCUGGAAAGCAGUUGCCUGCAUCCUACAGAUACGGCCGUGCACCAGGCAAACGCAUGUCAACAAAAUUUGUCGAGAUGACUGUCUAGAGCUAUUGAGCACAUGCCUGGACUGGACAAACUCGGCUCCGGGAAUGUCAGCGAACGCACUUUGUGCUCGGCUGUCACCAGACUCCGGACCUUGCGUGCCACUCGGAGCUUUCACGGAAAUCGGGGCACCUAGGCUACCGUCGUCGCGACUACAAAACGACCGCCAAACGGAUCUCGUACAGCACACAGCGGUGGACUUGCCGGAGGUAACCACACCAUGCAAGCGGAAUCCCUGUGCACCGGGCUCGGUGUGCCUAGUCAACCGAGGGUGUAGGAUUGGCCGGGGGUGUAAGCCGUACAGGUGCGUGGCUGGAUGUAAGGCGGGCGAGGUUUCGCACUUUCUCGUGCCAGAAGACUCGUACGCCCGCAUACCCACGUUCAACGGACAAAAGGGCUGCGUCAAGAUCUGUCUGUGCACAAAAAAGGGCAUCGAAAAGUGUCAGCAGGUACCCUGUUCACAGAUACAGUCCUGUUGGCUGGUCGGCAAACCGAUAGACCACGGAUCCACGUUCGAGAUGGAUUGUAACACUUGCAACUGCUUCGCGGGCGAGAUCACUUGCACUAAAAAACACUGUGAACCUACGACUGUCAACGCCGUGUCUCGCUACAGGCACACCGGACUGCCGUGCAACUGCGCUCCGCACCACGUGCCCGUUUGUGGUUCCAACGGCAACACAUACCCUAACUCAUGCCUGGCCAAGUGUGCCGGCUUGUCUGACGUGGAUCUCAAAUUCGGUACGUGUUGGAAUGACGAUCCGUGUGCUGGCGAUCACACUUGUCGGUCGGACGAGAGGUGCGUGCCAGCCCGUCAGGUGUGCUUGUCCAUGUUGAAGAAAUCUUGUGUCCAAUAUAAAUGUAUUUCAGAGAAGACAUCGUGUGAGGAUGCAGCCAAAGGUGUGGUGUGUGAUACGGACGAUGGGGAACACCCGAACCUGUGUCACUUAUUACGAUCUGGCAAAACGUUGGCGUACAACGGCCCAUGCCUGGUAGGAUGUAAUUCGACGGGAAGCGUAUGCGGUGUGGAUGGCAACACUUAUCCAUCCGAGUGCGCGGCCUUUGCGGAAUCGGCGAGUGUCGACUACUCAGGACCGUGUGUAUCUUCCGGAUUCAUCGGACACAACGGUCGGCCAUACUGUGCCGCAAAAGGUGCUGUAAACUGCCCAAAACUAUCCCAGAAAGGAUGUCUGGGUAUCACACCACCUGGAGCCUGCUGUCCAAAGUGCACCGGAGCUCUGCGAAUACUUUUCAGUCAAAAACAAGUCGACCGGGUGAUGCACACGUUAAAAAAGCCUUCAGUGAACGCGCUGAACACGAAGUCUAUCCUCCGGGCUUUGGAUAGACACGUGCUGGUGGCCGAGUGCGUAGUCCGCGGCCACCUGACCAUGUACCAGGACCUACUGGUACUCGUAGAGUCCACGGUCCGGAACCCGACCAGGCUUCAACUGGAGGCGUGC